CCAUCUCCUGCAAUUUGGAAAAUAGAGGACUGUGCACAAGCAUCAGUCGGCGUAGCACCCUACCGUCACCUCAGGGUACAGCGCUCGCAUUAGCUUUUUUUACUGCUUUUCCUCGGUGAGAAUGGCAAGGAUUCGGAUUCCUAGCACAAUUGUUAUACUUUUUGUUACGAUUCAGACUGGCUUCUUACUCUUCAUGUAUUCCCGGUACAGUAGCUUCAUGCCUCAGUCUGAGGAGAAACCAUCUCAAGUCCACAUCCUCAUUCUGUCCUCCUGGCGGUCGGGAUCUUCUUUUGUUGGUCAACUUUUCAGCCAGCACCCCAGCGUCUUCUACCUGAUGGAACCCGCAUGGCAUGUGUGGGUUACGAUGUACCAGAACAGUGCCAAGGUCUUGCACAUGGCAGUGCGGGACCUAGUCAGGUCGGUCUUUCUGUGUGACAUGUCUGUGUUUGAUGCUUACAUGCCGUGGAAGAGAAACUUGUCCGAUCUCUUCCAGUGGGCAGUGAGUCGGGCUCUGUGUUCAGCUCCUGCUUGUGACUCCUUUCAACGUACUGACAUAACCAGUGAAAUGGCAUGCAAGACUCUUUGUGGACGGUACCCAUUCAGCAAGGUGGAGGAAGCCUGUAAAACGUACAGCCAUGUUGUCAUCAAGGAGGUUCGAUUCUUUGACUUGAAGGUCCUCUACCCCCUUCUCACUGAUCCAUCCCUGAAUCUCAAAAUUAUUCACUUGGUCCGUGACCCCAGAGCAGUCGUCAAGUCACGGGAGCAAUCGGUGAAAGCAUUAGCCCGUGACAAUGGAAUUGUUUUGAGUACCAAUGGCACUAAAGUGGAAGACAGCAAAUACAAAGUAAUGCAAGAGAUUUGUAGAAGUCAUGUUCAGAUUUAUGAAACGGCUACUCUAAAACCACCUAAUUUCCUGAAAGAUCGCUAUUUAAUGAUCCGUUUUGAAGAUCUGGUAAGAGAUCCAUUAUCAGAAAUCUCAGAAAUGUAUAAAUUUGCAGAUCUUAGUUUGACCCCCACACUUAAAAGCUGGAUCUAUAAUAUCACACAUGGACAAGGACCAGGGAAAAAAAAAGAAGCCUUCAAAAUCACAUCUCGAGAUGCUGUUAGUGUUUCACAGGCCUGGAGAAAUGUUCUUUCCUUCCAGAAAAUUAAGAAAAUACAGGAAGUUUGCAAAGGUGCUAUAAACAUGCUUGGCUAUCAGCUGGUGGAUUCAGAAAAAGAACAGAGAGAUUUGUCAUUGGAUUUAGUGUUGCCAAGACGACAAAAUCAAUUCAGUUGGUCAUCAUUUAAUCCAAAGCCCUGAGACAUUAUUUUUGAGAGAGCUGGGGCAGGGGUAGAUGGUA